AAAAACAAGCCACGUUACGUAUCACAUCCACAAGAGGUUGUUCCUUUGGCCACAACCACCUCCGACAACCAUCAACCACCGUCAACCACAACCACAAUAUGGACACUCUAAUCUUCCACAACCCACUUUUCCCUCCACUUUCCACCACCACCACAAGACACUCAACAACCUACACACCACCUAAGCCACCUCCAUAUUCUACCCACAAGCCACCAGCUAGUCCAACUUUCACUUGCCGGGCUCUUGGCAAUACCAAAAACAAUGAGAACGGUUCGGUUUUUGGUGUUUUCGGUUCAAAAAUGGGCAAAAUGAACUCUUCAUUAGAAAAUUCAGAAAGUUUUAAAACAGUUGAUGCUGAGAUAACCCCAGAAACAGUUGCUUUUUUUACAAGUGAUGCUGAAGGUGACCCUGAUUGCCCCUCCGACGGCUACUCGGCCGUCGCAGAGGCUAUUUCGGUUAUUCGACAAGGAAAGUUUGUGAUCGUUGUGGACGAUGAAAAUGGGGAUAUCGAAGGGAACAUUGUGUUUGCAGCAUCUUUUGCAACACCAGAAACCGUUGGGUUCGUGAUGAAACAUGGCUCCGGGAUUGUAUCCGUUGGCAUGACAUCAGAGGAUCUCGCGAGGUUAAAUCUCCCUCUAAUGUCUCCGGAGAAUGAGCACAAUUCCGUUGCUCCGUCGUUCACAAUCACUGUGGAUGCAAUCGAUACAUCAACUGGAGUAUCAGCUUCAGAUAGAGUGAAAACAAUUCUGGCUUUAGCUUCUCGUAACUCAGGACCCAAAAGUUUUAGGAGGCCAGGCCAUGUGUUUCCUUUAAAGUACCGGAAUGGUGGAGUUCUAAGACGGGCUGGUCACACAGAGGCGUCAGUUGAUCUCGUCAAACUUGCAGGCCUUGAUCCGGUUUCAGUUCUUUCUACUAUUGUUAACCCAGAGGACGGUUCAAUAGCACCAUUGAACCAUUUAAGAAAGUUAGCACUUGACCACAAUAUCCCGCUUGUUUUAAUCACUGAUUUAAUCAGAUAUAAAAGGAAGCGUGAAAGAUUAGUGGAACGCAUUGCUGUUUCUAGGCUACCAACACGGUGGGGUUUGUUUGAAGCUCAUUGUUACCGAUCGAAACUAGAUGGAACUGAGCAUAUAGCAGUUGUCAAGGGAGACAUUGGGAAAGGAUAUGAUGUGUUAGUGAGGGUUCACUCAGAAUGUUUGACUGGAGACAUAUUCGGGUCGGGUCGUUGCGAUUGUGGCGACCAAUUGGCAAUGGCGAUGAAGAUUAUCGAGGAAUCUGGCAGAGGUGCCCUUAUAUAUCUUCGGGGACAUGAAGGGAGAGGUAUAGGAUUAGGACACAAGUUACGUGCAUAUAACUUGCAAGACCUUGGUCACGACACAGUAGAAGCAAAUCUAGAGCUUGGUUUUGCUCCUGAUUCCCGUGAAUAUGGAAUAGGUGCCCAGAUGCUACGAGACAUUGGAGUUCAGACAAUGCGCCUAAUGACUAACAAUCCAGCAAAGUUUACUGGACUCAAGGGGUACGGUUUAGCAGUUGUUGAACGUGUUCCUGUAAUGACUCCAAUUACUGAUGAAAAUAAGAGGUACUUAGAAACUAAGCGUACAAAGAUGGGUCAUAUAUACGGUUCUGAUCUACCGAAUAUUGGUAAAAGUGACUGGAAAGAUGAGAUAAAUAUAGAUCUAUAAAACUUGCAUCUUGAUCAUUGAUAAAUGGUUGGACUAAAAUAAUUAUAGUCCAAAUUUCAUAUACUUGUAUCUAUAGUACUAUUCACUUUGAAUUAUUCAAGCCUCAUAGCCACA